GCGGACGCGCCGCCCUCGACCUUCUGCCUCGGGUGUGCGAGCCACCGCUCCGCGUAGCCGUCUGAGAGUCUCCCGGACGCUACUCGCACCGCAGCCCCGGGAGAUUGUACCCAAAGUAUACAUCAGAUAAUAUUUUGGUGCUUUGGAUGUGAUGAGGCUCAGUUGACAGCUGAGUGAAGAGGGCCUCCAUCUCACCAGCUGCUUGAACCAUACCAGGGACAAGAAUGGCAGCUGUGAGAAGAGUGAUUUGCUUCCUACAACAGAAUUUAGUGAAGAUCAGUUUUCCCACUUCACAUCACCUGCAUACAUCCUCCAUCCAGCUCAACUCCAACCGGGCUUCCCUCACUCGAAUGCAUAGGAAGGCUUAUGCUCGAUUAUAUCCAGUGAUGUUGGUCAAGCAAGAUGGAUCUACCAUUCGUAUCAGAUAUAAGGAGCCUCGGCGGAUCCUUACAAUGCCAGUAGAUAUUGACACACUGUCGCCAGAGGAAAGAAAGAUUAGACUACGCAAACGGAAUCUGAAGUAUGUUGAAGUGGAAAAAAAAGAGGCAGAAUUUGGAGAUGACUUCAAUGUGGAACAAUAUGCAAAAUUUUGGAAGAAAAACUGAACAUGUUAUGAUGUUAAGAUUGUAUAAAGGGUGAGUGCAUUUAAUGCACCCAAAUAUAUUACUAUUUUUAAAAAUUAAAAACUAUAAAACCUUA